GCCACUUUCUUCUUCUUCUUAACGUCGUCUCCUCAUCGCUUGGUGUCGCCACCGCCGCCGCCGCCGUCUUUCGUCACUGCAGCGUCCUCCAAGCGGUCCUGCGCCGUUUUCUACACUGUUGUUGUUACUGGUUGCAUCUAGAUCCUGUAUGUUUCACGUGGGUUUUCAGAAUCCAAAUUGAUCCGAUUGCCUCAAAUUACAAUGGCUGAUUCCACGUCUAGGAUAUGUGUGAAGAAUUUGCCCAAGUUCAUAGAUGACAAUCGCCUUCGUACUUUGUUCUCUGAAAAGGGAGAGAUUACAGAUGUUAAGCUUAUGCGGACCAAGGAUGGGAAGAGCCGACAAUUUGCUUUCAUUGGGUUUCGCACGGAGCAUGAAGCUCAAGCAGCGAUACAAUACUUCAACAAAUCUUUUCUCAGUACUCACAGGAUCGCCUGUGAGAGUGCAUGGAAAGUCGGGGAUCCAAAAAUUCCCCGACCUUGGAGUAAACAUUCGAAAGAAAAGAAGGGCAUUAAGGAUGGGAUGGAAGUUGAAGAUGACAAAAAUUUAAGUUUUUUGGGGUCUAAAGAAGAGGGUGAUGACCUUAAAUUGAGUAUUCAAGAUGAUGACCCUAAAAUCCAAGAGUUUCUUCAAGUGACACAACCUCGGGUUAAUUCAAAAGUGUGGGCAAAUGACAUUUUGAUGGCUCCAGAAACUAAUCAAAACGGAAAAGGAAAGGAGAAACCAAGUCACAUGAAAAAGAUAGAUGGAAAAAAACUGAAGUUGGUGAAUGUUGAUGGAGAUAAAGCUGAGGAAAUGAAAACUUCAUUGCAUACUAACUCUGCACAUGAUGAUAAAAUUUCGGAUAUGGAAUAUUUUAACAGCAGGGUGACGAAAAAAUGGUCAGAUUCAGAGACCAGUGAUGAUGAUAAUAUUGAUGAGGAUGCUAAAAAUGAGGAUGAAACUAUUAAGAAAAAAAUGGAGAUGAAGGAUGUUCAGAUGGUAGAUUCCAAGUUACCACUAGAAACAGAGGCCGAAGAAGAGGACCAUUCCAAUCAUUGUGAUGCAGAUUUACUCCACAUGGAGGAAUCCUCUUCAAUUCUGGAAGAUAAGAAGGAUGAAAUGCUGGAGAACGGGAGACUCUUUGUUCGUAAUCUUCCAUAUGCAGCGACCGAAGAAGAGUUAGAAGAGCACUUCCGAAAAUAUGGCACUGUCUCGGAGGUACAUAUUGUAGUUGAUAAAGAUACAAGACGUUCUAAAGGCAUUGCUUAUAUCCUUUACGGUCAUCCAGAAUUUGCAAAAAGGGCACUUGAAGAAUUGGACAGUUCAAUUUUCCAAGGGCGAUUAUUGCAUGUCAUGCCCGCUCAACUGAGGAAAACAUUCGAGAAACCAGAGGAAAAUAUUUUAGAGGACCAAAGGUCAAAAUCCUUCAAGAAAAAGAGAGAGGAAGAGAGAAAAGCGUCUGAAGCUAGUGGCAAUACAAGAGCAUGGAAUAGUUUAUUCAUGCGCCCUGAUACAAUAUAUGCAUAUGGAGAUUACUCAGCUUAUUCUUUUACGAGUCUUUUUAUCUUGUCUAUCCAGUCUAUUUACUUGCUUUUACCUUUGUCCUAUUUUCUUCAGUCACGAUCUCUUUUCGUCAAGAACCUCAAUUUUAAAACGUCUGACGAAAGUUUGAGAAAGCAUUUUAGUGAACACAUGAAAGGGGGAAGAAUAUUGAGCGCCAAGGUAAAGAAGCAUAUAAAAAAAGGACAGCAUGUUUCAAUGGGUUUUGGAUUUUUGGAAUUUGAUUCAGUGGAGACUGCCACAAGUGUCUGCAGUAAUUGGCAGGGAACUGUUUUGGAUGGCCAUGCCGUCAUGUUACAAAUGUGUCAUGUCAAGAAGGAUAAUCAAGGGCAAAGAAAAGUAGAUAAGGAAAAGAGUUCGACAAAAUUACUCGUAAGAAAUGUGGCCUUCGAGGCGACAGGGAAAGAUCUAAGACAACUGUUCAGUCCAUACGGACAGAUUAAGAGCUUAAGACUGCCAAUGAAGUUCGGAAAGCAUAGAGGCUUUGCAUUUGUGGAGUUUGUAACAAAGCAGGAAGCACAAAAUGCAUUUCAAGCACUUUCAAACACCCAUUUGUAUGGCCGACAUCUUGUCUUAGAGAGAGCGAAAGAAGGCGAGAGCUUGGAACAACUGAGGGCCCGAACGGCUGCUCAGUUUAGCAACGAUCAAGGCAAGUCUCAAAAUCCAAUUUUGUCUAAGAAGAGGAAGCAGAGGGCUGAGUAAAUCAUAUAUAAGGUUCAUGGUAGUUUGGAUGAUUAUAUAUGAUCAAUUUUGUAAUUGCUUAUUAGUUGUAUCAUAUGUUGUUUUGUUCAAUGGGAGCUGCUUCCCUCAUACUGUAUAUGAACACACACACACACAGUUCAGGUCAUCACAUAAUCUAUUUUCUUUCAUUCAUAAUAACAUCUG